GAGGAGCCGCCAGCGGGGCCCGGGAGCCGCCGCCGUCUCGAUGGGGUGUUGACAAAUCUCCCAGGACUGUGGAAGGCUGAAUGGAUUAAACAUGAAGAGCUUGAAAGCAAAGUUCAGGAAGAGUGAUACCAAUGAGUGGAACAAGAAUGAUGACCGCCUGCUGCAGGCCGUGGAAAAUGGAGACGUGGAGAAGGUGGCCUCACUGCUGGGCAAGAAGGGGGCCAGCGCAACCAAGCAGGACAGCGAGGGCAAGACCGCUUUUCAUCUGGCUGCUGCUAAAGGACACGUGGAAUGCCUCAGGGUCAUGCUUACGCAUGGUGUGGAUGUGACUGCCCAAGAUACUACUGAUAAUCUCAGUGAUUGGGAACCUUUAUCAUUUAAAAAUAGGUUUUUAUUAGGACACACCAUGAACCAUUUGAAGUCAAGUCAGUCCAAAUGCCCAGCUGAAAAUGUUGAUAGCUGUGGGAAAACCGCUUUACAUUAUGCAGCGGCGCAGGGCUGCCUUCAGGCUGUGCAGGUCCUCUGUGAGCACAAGAGCCCUAUAAACCUCAAGGACUUGGAUGGGAAUAUACCACUGCUUCUUGCAGUACAAAAUGGCCACAGUGAAGUCUGUCGUUUUCUCCUGGAUCAUGGAGCAGAUGUCAAUUCCAGGGACAAAAAUGGAAGGACUGCUCUCAUGCUGGCUUGUGAGAUUGGCAGCUCACACACUGUGGAAGCCUUAAUUAAAAAGGGUGCAGACCUAAACCUUGUAGAUUCUCUUGGACACAAUGCCUUACAUUAUUCCAAACUCUCAGAAAAUGCAGGAAUUCAAAGCCUUCUAUUAUCAAAAAUCUCUCAGGAUGCUGAUUUAAAGACCCCAGUGAAACCAAAGCAGCAUGAUCAAGUCUCUAAAAUAAGCUCAGAAAGAAGUGGAACUCCAAAAAAACGCAAAGCUCCACCACCUCCUAUCAGUCCUACCCAGUUGAGUGAUGUGUCUUCUCCAAGAUCAAUAACUUCCACACCACUUUCGGGAAAAGAAUCAGUGUUUUUUACUGAAGUGCCAUUCAAGGCUGAGAUUAGUUCUAUCCAAGAAAACAAAGAAAGACUCAGUGACAGUACUACAGGAGCUGAUAGCUUGUUAGAUGUAAGUUCUGAAGCUGACCAGCAAGAUCUUCUUGUCCUAUUGCAAGCAAAAGUUGCUUCCCUCACCUUACACAAUAAAGAGUUACAAGAUAAAUUGCAGGCAAAAUCAUCCAAGGAGGUGGAAGCAGACCUAAGCUUUGAUGCUUUUCAUUCUACUCAGACUGACCUGGCUCCAUCCCUGGGCAAGCCUAGUGAAGGCCCUCCCUCAGACUCCAAAUCAUCUCCAUCAGUCUUAGCACAUUCUUUGAGGAAAUCCACUGUUGACAGCGAUGCUAGAAUCCAGCAACUACAAGAGACUUUGCAAGACUUGCAGAAGAGAUUAGACAGCUCUGAGUCAGAGAAGCAGCAGCUACAAGCUGAACUUCAGUCUCGAAAUGCAGACCGGGUGUGCUUGAAUAGCACAGAGAUUUCAGAGAAUGGCUCUGACCUCAGUCAGAAACUGAAAGAAACUCAGACCAAGUACAAGGAGGCCAUGAAAGAGGUCCUCAGUGUACAGAAGCAGAUGAAACUGGGUCUCCUCUCCCAUGAGAAUGAGGAUAGCUAUUCACCUCUUAGUGAGGCAGGAAUCACUGAUGAGAUAGAUGUGCUAAAGCAAGAUCUGCAGAAUGCAUUGGAAGAAAGUGAAAGAAAUAAAGAGAAGGUGAGAGAGUUAGAAGACAAACUUGUGGAGAGGGAAAAAGGUGGAGGGAUGAAGCCACCUGCAGAAGAGUAUGAGGAAAUGAAAAGUUCAUAUUGCUCUGUCAUUGAGAAUAUGAAUAAAGAGAAAGCAUUUUUGUUUGAGAAAUACCAAGAGGCCCAAGAAGAAAUCAAGAAGUUAAAAGACACAUUACAAAGUCACGUGACACAGGAAGCCAGCGAUGAAGCUGGAGACAUGAAAGAAGCCAUGAACAGGAUGAUAGAUGAACUCAAUAAACAGGUGAGUGAGCUGUCCCAGCUCUACAAGGAAGCUCAGGCUGAGCUGGAGGAUUACAGGAAGAGGAAAUCUCUAGAGGAUGUGACGGCAGAGUAUAUCCACAAAGCUGAGCAUGAGAAAUUGAUGCAAGUGACCAAUGUGUCCAGGGCUAAAGCAGAAGAGGCGCUAUGUGAAAUGAAGUCUCAGUAUUCAAAAGUGUUGAACGAGUUAACCCAGCUCAAACAACUUGUGGAUGCACAGAAAGAGAACUCUGUGUCCAUCACAGAACAUUUACAAGUGAUAACCACACUGCGGACUACUGCCAAAGAGAUGGAAGAAAAAAUCAGCCAUCUGAAAGAGCACCUUGCAAGCAAGGAAGUGGAAAUAGCAAAGCUGGAGAAACAGCUCCUGGAAGAGAAAGCCACAAUGAAUGAUGCGAUGGUACCCAAAUCUUCUUAUGAGAAGCUCCAAUCAUCCUUAGAAGGUGAAGUGAGUUUGUUGGCAGCAAAAUUAAAGGAUUCAGUCAAAGAAAAAGAGAAGGUCCAUUCAGAGGUGGCCCAGGUUCGAAGUGAGGUGUCACAAAUGAGAAGGGAAAAGGAAAACAUUCAAACUCUCUUGAAAGCCAAAGAGCAAGAAGUAAAUGACCUACUGCAGAAAUUCCAGCAGGCUCAGGAAGAACUUGCUGAAAUGAAAAGGUCUUCUGAAAGCUCUUCAAAACUAGAGGAGGAUAAAGACAAAAAGAUAAAUGAGAUGUCAAAAGAAGUCAGCAAAUUGAAGGAGGCCCUGAACAGCCUGUCUCAGCUCUCCUACUCAACCAGCUCCUCCAAAAGACAGAGCCAGCAGCUGGACACACUGCAACAGCAGGUCAAGCAGCUUCAGACACAGCUGGUCGAAUGCAAGAAACAACACCAGGAGGUCAUAUCAGUUUAUAGAAUGCAUCUUCUGUAUGCUGUGCAGGGCCAGAUGGAUGAAGAUGUCCAGAAAGUCCUGAAGCAAAUCCUGACCAUGUGUAAAAACCAGUCCCAGAAGAAGUAAAAGUGGAUUGCUUGGCAGGACAGUACCCCUUGUUGUCUAGCUUUGUGUUAGAUCCAGUUGUUGGCGACCACUGCCAUUGUUCUUAUUCGUGGUAUGCACUGUGAUGUAGCAUAGCUUCUUUCCUUCUAAAGGUUUCUGAGGACUACUCUCAGGAGAAGAGGCCCUCUUCAGAACCGCUUAGAGACUUCACACCAGCAGAGGGAAAUGUCCCUGACAUCCUUUGAGAUUCCAUAGCUGGGACCUGCC